CAUCGGUACGGGUACGGUACGCUCGGUACCGACCGGUACCGAUCGGUACAGCGAACCUUGAGCUUGCAAGUGUUGUUAUCAUGGUCUGCCAUACGGAUCGGUACGGAUCGGUACAGGCCGGUACAUACCGGUAGCAGACGGAACUGGUACGAUACAGCUAUAUUUUUCGGUUCCGACUAUUCGCAACUCAUACCGGUCGGUACCGCCCCAUACCGAUCCGGUACCGGCCGUACCGAUCCGGUACCGGCCUAUACAAAUCCGUACCGAUCCGGUAUCGGCCCGUACUGACCGGCUCGUACUGACCUCAAAUUUUUUUUGGCUUUUGGUCCGAACCAGCCGAACCGGUACAGUACUAGUUCGGUUCGGUAUAGUACCAGUACCGGUGCCCACCGAUACGUCGGUAUGGUUGGUACAGCCGAUCUUGGUUGUUAUACUCUUUUUUCCUGUUGAUUUCAUAUUGGGAGGUGUUUUAAUACAUCAAAUAUGGUCCAAGCUAGAAUAACCAUUAGAAAAAUACAAAUUAGCAAAGGGGGAAAAGCAAAUUUGGGACCAAAAUCGGUAAUGCAAUAGGACUUCCCAGCCAAACACAACCAUGUCAUCCCAUACCCUGUCUGUUAUAAAACAUACCUUAUUAUUGUUUGAAACCUUGGUUUCCACCAGUUAAAAUUUAAAACAGUGUUGUACUAUAAAUGUAGUGUAGAGAGAACUGAAUCAAGAACAUGAAGAGCAAUCUUGUUCUUAUAUGUCAAGAAACUAUCUUAACCCCUACUUUCUAUAAUGCUGCUUCAAUUUAUGUGAGUGUGAAUUAUAAAUAUAUUGAGAGAAGGUGUUGUUUGACCGCUGGUGCUCUUGUCAAGAGAGGAUCUAUCUGAUAGUUUGUCAUUUUUACAAGCUUCGGUGGAUAACUUUGAUAGUAAGGAUGGAAACCUCAUUUCUUCUUUAGUAGCUUUAAAUGUAAACAUAUGAUUCUUCACCUUACAGUCUCAAUCAUGCCGUAUUCAGUUCAAAAAUAGUAAUUCCAAUAGAUGAGAAGUCCUUUCAAAUUUUAAUUGUUACUAAAUAUGAAUUUUCUUGAUACAAUUAUAUUAGAAAUCAAGGUCUGCCAGACCGAUACCGAGGCUCGUAGAGGCCAGGGACCAAUUCACUAGGAUAUGGGUCCAUAGUACAUUGCAUCGAAGCUUACCAAAAUGGAGAGAGGGAGGAGAGAGAGAGGAAGAGAGAGAGAGGGAGAGGAAGGAGGGAGAGAGAGAGAGGAAGUUUGAGGCCUCCAGACUCAUCUGAAAGUGGGAGAGACUAAGGCUGAGGUGUCCAACAAUAGGGAGGGUUUCGCGAGGGCUCAAAGCAGCUUUGAGUCAUUCAGAUCUGUGAGAGAGAGGGAGGGGGAGGCUUACUUUGAGUGACUGUUUGGCAAAGAAAGAGAGAGAGGGGGGGAGUGGAGGCUCUGGGGGUCCAGCAAAGAGAGCCCCACGAGGGGCGAAGAGCGGAGAGAGCAGGCGAGAGAGCCCCUGAAGGCUCUUGAAGCUUUGGUUUGAAUCGGGGGGGGAGGGGGGGGGGGAAACGAGGGAUUUUAUAACCCAAAUCGACAAUCAUGGUUGACUCUCUCGGGUUGGCAUUGAUUCAGUUUAGCACAAACUGAACCGUCUGAUUUGGGUCGGUUCGACAUUCCUUAUUAGAAAUACUUGUAUACUAAAUUACCAUUUGUUAAAUGUUUCCUUUUUUGAUCAGCAAGACCAUAAAAUAACUACUAAUAAUUUUUUUAUCCUUGGUGUCCCAUGCAUUUAAGGCUACCAAUGGAUCAGGUCGAGAAUGAUCCAUCUUGAACAUAUUUAAUCGCAAAUGGAAGUGGCUCUAAGAAUUGAAACCAAACAUGACCAAACAAUUGAUUUUUUAUGUGGUUUGGGUCAAGUCUCUUUUGGGUCAAGUCCGUAUUUAAGAAGCUAAAUUUGGAUGUUUGAACUAAUUCUUUUCCUCUUUGCUUUUGAGGAAAGAACUAAUCCUUUUCUAGUCUACGAAAUUUAAUCAUGCCAAGUCCAAUUCUACAAGGUCCAACCAAGUCAGAGCAAGACUAAUUUUCGGACUCCCACACGAGCCAUGGGUCUCAUUUAAGGUAUGUGCUGGCUCUUACAAUUCCAAAAGCAUUUAAGCAGUUCAUUUACUGUGCCCUUAUCAGUUUAAUUGUUUUCAUCAAUGCCCUUUACGUCUCUAACGUUCGAUAUCGCCGAUAUCCUCAAAGUGCUGUCAUUUGUCGUGUUGUAUUCAAGAAUGUCCUAUAUAUAGCACCAAAAUGCUCAAAUGUAUCACCAACAGAGGAUGAUUUGCAUCCGGAAAAUUGUGCAAAGACUUCCGACCAAGGAUCAUCAAGGAGUUCUCUAAGGUAUGAUCUUUUUUACUUUCAUUCAGUUGUUUAAUUUUGAAGUUUGUAUAUGCUUAUUAUAUUAUUCAGCCUUCUUCCUUUUAUCCUUUUUCUCCAUCAUCUCUCCUAUGUAUCAGUUUAUGAUGUUAUGAAGAUACAGAAUUUAGUCUGCACAUUUUCAAAGUACAAUACAGAAUUCGAGGCCAGUAUGAUACCAGUACACUGCCGGCAUAGUUUGUAGUACUGGUUCUGAUUUCUCCUUUUGUUAUGUGCAUGUGCGUAUGUUGUUCUAGGGUUGCUAUUGGGGUUAGGGUUAAUUUUUAGGUCCACGGAUGCAGUAGAUCAAGUUUAUGGUGCGAGUAUAGGUACCAACACCAUUUUAUUUUGUUAUAUAUAUAUAUAUAUUUAUUUUAUUUUUCCUUUUGUUGUUUCACAGAAAAUACAUAAAAUAAUCUAGGGCAUUGUAGAUUGAUGCCCAAUCUACAAUAACCAAAAUUCAUGCCACAAUUGGAAAAAUUUUGCAAGAUUUCUCUUAAAUUUUCUGAUUUUCAGGGCAAAAAAGUUAUAGGACCGACCAAUUUAUCUUUAUCCCAACCUCUUGUAGGCUUAUAAUUAACCGAAUGUGUCUAAUCGGCCAGAUCUGAAUUUUCCGAACCUUCCCCUCACUCUCUUUCUCCCUCUCUCACUUUCUUCUCCCUGAUUGAAUGCAGAAUAGCUAAGAAAAGAAUAUUUGAGCUGCUUUUGACUCAAGCAAAACCUGCUAGAACCAAGUACCGACACGGCAACACCUGUUCCAUGAGUCAGUUCACUACCAAUCUUGUACAUCAAUGCCUGGUACCAUAGGGACCGGGUCUUCAAUCCUUAUUGAUAUUUCUUGAGAUGAGAAGCUAAGAGUUAUGGUCCCAAUACUUUUCCGAAGGAAUAAUUAAAUUGUGAUGAUGGAUAUCUCAACCCACCCUCUUCUAGUUAUCAAUCAAAUAUUUUCAAAAAAAGAAUACAUUAUUUUUCUUUAUGUAUAUUCUCCUUCCUACAUAGAAUCAUGUUGUGCUAUUUCAUCUAUUAGUACUCUCUUUUUUCCUAUAUGCGGACACUAUGCAAAAUAAAGAAGCUAGAGAGAUUCAGGGAAAAAAAGGAAAUGUGUAACUGAAAAACUCCUUGACAAUGAUUUACCUUAAAUAGGAAGUAAUGUAUGAACCAACAAUAGGAAUUACUUUCUUUUUUCUUUAAAGUAAAUAUCAAGUUUUUUAAAUUUUCUUUUCUUUUUUUCUUUUGAAGGGAAAGCAGCUACCAUAAUGGCUGAGGGGGGUCGAAGGAGAAGUGCUAGAUUAUUAGCCCUUGAAGAGCAGAAAAACAAAAAAGAAGCACAUGUACCAAUGAAUUUUGUGCAGGCAACAGGUGAUGGCCAAGAAAGAAUGCAAAAAAGAGGUAGAAAGUUAGAGACAGAUAAAAUUUAUGAGGUAAUUUGUUUCAUAAUUUUUUACAAGAUCUCUCCAGCAUUAUGGAGUGCUUCUUUGAGGAAAAAUGAAGAUUUACUCAUUUUGACCCGCAUUCAUUUCACUGAGUAUCACAAUAUUGGGUUCUAAUAUUAAUAGUUUCUAAUGAGGUCACAGCCAAGGAAUCUGAUCUAGCUAGAUUAAGGUUGCAUUUUCAAUCAUGACAGUUAGUUGAGAAGUUCUCUUUAAUAGUCUCAUAUUUGAAGCUACAGUUUAAUAUAAGGGUGUUAUUGUUUGCAGGAAGCACAAUAUCCACACCAAGUUCUUCCAACCCAUCAUGGUAAAACUUUCUGUUUUAAAAACUAAAAGAAAAUAUAGAUAAAUGGAUUGCCAAUGUGAGAAUUAGAUGAUGGUUAUAAAGCUCAACUAAUUUUAUUUUCAUUGGGCAGCAAUCAAUAAUUCUGCAUUACGAAAAUGUGAAAGCGAAAUUAUUGAAUGUAUUCUUAACCUGAUCCAAGCGUAAGUUAUUAUGCCACUUUAUCUAGUCAAUUUGCCAUACCUCCUGCUAAUAGUUGCUUUUAAAACUAAUUAGACAUGAAACAGUUUAUUUUCUAGAAAAAACAAAACAUAGUUUUCAAACUACAAAGUCCAGUGUAAUGUUACAGCAUCUGAGAUUCAUUUUAUCUUUUCUUAUGUUACAGAAAAGAUGAAAAAAACCUUUUCUAUUUUCCAAAAGACUUCCAGGUUUAUCUUCAUACUUUGAUCCCAAUUUCAUUCAAUAUUCAAUAAUAUUAUUGACCAAUUCAAUGACAGAAUGAUUUAUCUCUGUUUAGAUAAAAAAGAAAACAGUGAGAACACCUGAAAACUUUGCAACAUUAAGGACUAAAUUCCAGGAAGGAAUCUACUGCUCACUAAAGAUGUUUGAGGUUUGCUUUCUGUUUUCUGGUUUUCUAUAUCUCAGGCAUGUUGACUCCAGUUUUGGGCUUCUAUUCGUUCUUUUAUCUUCAUUUGGCUCUUAAUGCACAAUUACCCUCUCAUUCUUGCAUUCACAUUUUGUAGGCUGAUAUUAAUUCAGUAUUUCGCAACGCAAAAUAUAAUGCCUCAGAUGCUACAACUUACCAACAGGUAAGUCUACCAUAUGUAUCACUAUGUAGCAUUAAAAGUAUUUUAAUUUCAUAUACAACAAAGAGCAAACCAUUCACAUGUAUCACCUACAAUAGUGUUUGCCUCAUUAACUGAAAUAGAAGAUCCAACAUUGCAGGCAGAGUACUUGCAAAAUGAAAUACAUCAUGCUCUUGAAUGUCUAAAAAACAACAGGACAAGUUAUGAGGAACUCUCAAAAUGGAGCCAAACAUAUCUCAAUACUACAGAGGGUGUAAGAAAAGAUGGCAAUCUCAGGAUUUUGGACAAGGCUGCCAAACCACAAGGUCCACAAGGUAGUUCACAUCCGAGGAUUCAUAGUGACAUGAAUCAGAGUGGCAUGGAAAUAAAUGUUGCAGCAAAUGGAAGAAUCCUAUCUUUGAAUCAGAACCCAGCCAUUACAAGAACAUCUCAAACUAGGGCUAUCUCAAGGCCCCGCUAUAGAAAAGAUUGUGUAGAAUGUUCUGAUCCUUCCACAGAGGAACGAAGGUAUACAUACAAGCCUGGGAACGACUCUAGCGAGCCAAUUGUUUCAAUGGUUUACAACCAAGAGGUGCAGCUUGUUUAUAACAACAAUGGUCCAAGCUACAAAGAAAGCUUGACAAAUUACGUAAAGGAUGCAGGCCACCAAGCAGAGCAGGCAGCAGAGAAUAACUUUCAGGAAUAUGCUCGAUGUGAGAAGGCCCAAUCUAUGCCCUUUCACUGGACACCAUACACAUCAAGUGACACUACUAGCUUCUUCCCCCAGUUUGGAAGCUGUUCGAGCAACCCUAGCUUUAGCAGAGAUGCAGCUGCUGGCAGUGCUGCAAGAGAUAUGCACUUCUCUCCAACUACUGCCGCAGUUUCCACAAUAACCAGUGGCAAGCCAUUUCCUUCUGCUGGUACCAACGAGAAAUUGGGUUUCGACCUCAACGAAGAACCUAGCUGUGAGUUGGAGACUGAUGAGCUACUUAGAACAUUCUCUCAGGUUGGCAUGGCAGAAUUCUCGAAGAGAAACAAGAACAUCUCGACAAUAACUGCAAGCCAAAUUGUGGAACCAAACCGAAGCUUCAGUCCAUUUCUUAAUGGUGAAAAGGAUUGUGCUAUGGUUACAGCCAUACCAAGCUAUACCAUUGCCAGCCCAAUGUCUCAGUUAGGACAAUAUGGAAGGUGGGAACCAGCUAAAAGGAUGUCUAUCUAUGAUAUACUAUUCUUGCAGUCACAACCUGGUAACUCUGAAAAUCCAGAACGGAAGGGUGAGGCAGGUCCAAAACCCAAUCCAUAUUUGGUUCCAAAUGCAUCUUCUUCUGGAUAUUUGAGCUUCAGUGAGCACAGUAGCUCUGACCCAAAAUCGUCAAAACAGAAGGGAUUGGCAGUUUCUGAACCCAGUGGACACUUGGCUCCAACAGGAUCAUCUUCUGGCAAUCAUGGCUUCAGUCCUCAUGUUUGCACUAGUAGCACAUUUGAGCCAACAACUCUGAACUUGUUCAAGUAGAGGUUGUUCUGUUUGUGCACAACUUUGUGUAUUUGAUUUCAGACCAGUUUGCGUACAAAAUAAGCUUUCUUUUGGUCCAUGUCUUUUGCAGUAAUGGUUUGUUGUAUCCCAUGAACCGUUUCCUUUUUUUUUUCCUCUUUUGGUCUCAUGUUUGUAAGCUGAAUAAUAAUGAUCAUCUAGUUAUCUUGCUCCUUGUGUUAACCAUGUGAGGACACGGAUGACAUUUGAGAUUUAAUAUAUUAGCAUAGACUUCCAGGAUACUAGAGAAUUAGGUCUCGUGCAUUCACUCCCAGCAACAAUUUUCUUGAAGAAAUAUUUUUAUAUACUAUCCUAUAGGAAUGCUUGGUCUAAUAAUCAUUACUAUGUUAUCAAAACUUUCUAGACUCUACAGCAUCCUUAAUCACAAGAGUUAACCUAAAUAAUGCACCACGACCCAAGAAACCAGAGCUGGAACAUGUCUAGGAGGGGGAAUGAAAUCAACAAAUAGAUUUUACAUUAUUUACAUUUCAAAGUAACAAAGAAGGAGGAAAAAGAACAUGGACUGCAGAGGGUAUGAUGCAGGACAACAAGCUCUAAGACCAAUAAAAGGAGGAGAAGAAGGUAGAGGGAGAGGGCAACUCAAUAUUCUCAAAUCUCAAUAAUGUAAACUUGUGUUCUCAAUUACAUAGCAUUGGGUAUGUAUAAACUCAAAAUCCUAAUAAGAGUUCGUAUAGAAAUAGAAUACUAGAGUCCUCGUAAAAUUCUAGUCCUAGAGUCCACAUAAAAAAUAUAUUUCACUAAUUCCCAAAUAAAAUAAAAUUUUCUAAUUUCGAAUUUUGCACCUAACAGAAGUGCACCUCGAUUUGUUGAUCGGGAUCCAAUAUGUAAUUUAGAACAUUUAAAUUCUAGGAACACGAUUGCAGUUGAUUACAUCAAAAUAUCGAUGUAGAAAUGCCAAAAGAACAAUGACCACAAAACCAUCUUCAGCCAAUCUUGAGCAAGAUUAACAAUGAACUGGCAGAUCCAACAUAUAAAUCAUGACAACUACCAAAACAAUUCCCCCAUUAUAGGAUAGGCAUGAGGAGUUUCAUUGGCUAAUCUAACAAACAUGUGUACAAAAACUUAAGAAAAUCAUAUUAACAAAAGAAUGAAAUAAAAGAGAGAGAAUAUUGGGCCAAGUUAUUUGCGGUCCCGAACACAUGAAAGCAUCAACCAUGCUUCAAGUCUCCCAAACCAGAGGCAUCACAGAUCGCAGUAUUCACCAAAGAAUUAGGUCAAAGGAUUUCACAUCAAGAUCAAGAGAUAAUCUUAGGAAAAAUAAAAUACAAACUGCAGGGCUCCAAAGAUAUCUAAGCUACUAGAUUGGAGAAAGAUCC